CUAGUUAGUGCGAUAGGCCUCUAGUGCUGUUCUGCAGAAUGUCUGGAGCCAGAGUGUUUGCAAAGAGACUCUGAUAAAUAGGCAAAAAAGGCCCUGCUCGCUCCAGCUGGACUUCAGUGACGCUCAGAGAUCAUUAUAUCUUCACAUAAGCAGGGAAGAACAUCCUCUGCGCCACCAAAUUCCGGUGCCAGGGUCAGGCAUAUCUCGGAUCGUGUCCCUAGCAUUCUCAAGAGGGAGGGUGAGCAGGCAGAAGUCGUGGACAUAUUGGCAUCAACAGCACAGGAAAAACAAUCCAAGUCUGUCCAACUUCUUAUAACACAUCCCCACGAGUCCAGGAACUAUCUUGGUAAACCGCUUUUGCAUCCCCUCCAAAGCAUCAAGACCUAUAUUUCCUCAGAAUGAUUGUAUGAAAGUAGAUCAAGGCAAAUAAAAAUGGUCAUAAGAUGCAAGAGAAGUUCAUGAAAGGAAUUCAAGUGUCUGUGCAAUUGUUUAUAAUCUGAUCAACAAAUAGUACAUGAAUGAAACACUGGACAGGAUCAGAGGCCAACAUGGCUGGGCACAGCCACUUAGCUCUUUCAGAUGGAUACUGUCUUGCAGAACCCUCACAGCUCUAUGAGGUUCUGACUGAUCAGAUUAGCUAUCCACUUCAAGACCCAGACCUACAGAUGCCUCCAUACAGCCAGUAUCCAAAUAUGCAGUUCUCUACGAUGGCCGCACCACAGCAGCAGGCACACUAUUCCACACAUAAUUACUACCCUCAAUACUCACCAGAAGGACAUUAUUCUCCGAGCUCAUAUGAGCUAAACAAGCCACAGUACUUGGUCCCCAAUGUUGCAGAUGGAGGAAUACCUGUGAUGAAAAGACCAAGACUCAAUAAUUCAUCUUUGCGAGUAAAGGGAGAGGAAGAGUUGUGUGUGGUGUGUGGGGACAAAGCUUCAGGGUAUCACUAUAAUGCACUAACCUGUGAAGGAUGUAAAGGAUUUUUCCGUCGGAGUAUCACCAAGAAUGCAGUAUAUAAAUGUAAAACUGGUGGGAACUGUGAAAUGGAUAUGUACAUGCGCAGGAAAUGUCAGGAAUGCCGGUUGAAGAAAUGCAAGGCAGUGGGAAUGCUAGCUGAAUGUUUGCUAACAGAAAUCCAGUGUAAAUCAAAACGCCUGCGGAAAAACACCAAACAAGUCAUGGAUCUUUUUUGUAGCAUAAAGACAGAGGAAGAUGGUGUUGACACCAAACAGGUUUCGUCUACAACCAAGGCAGGAAAAAUCCAAGAGAGAGUAGAAUUUACGGCUGAGCAACAACAGCUCCUUGAUUACAUUGUCGAGGCUCAUCACAAGUAUCGAAUACCCCAAGAAGCAGCAAGAAAAUACCUGUUAGAACCUGCAAAUCCUGUGGAAGAUUUUCUCCGGCUGUCAGAGAAUGCAACCUUGCAAGUGGAAGUAUUGGUAGAGUUUACUAAAAGAUUGCCAGGUUUCCAGACAUUAGAUAAUGAAGACCAGAUUGCAUUGCUAAAAGGUUCCACCGUGGAAGUGAUGUUUCUUCACUCUGCACAACUAUACAACCAGCGCUUCACACAGAGCAGCCACCAGUAUAUACAAGACACUGAUCACUAUUCCACACUCCCUGGGUGUUGUCCCAGCCAAUGCUUUGAAGAGCAUAUUCCAGCUGUUAUGAUGGAGCAAUCUAAUUUGGAUGAGAUUUCGAUUAUAGUUCCAAAUCGCACAUUAGGUAUAGCUGAAGAAUUUAUAACACCAUUGUUCGAUUUCUACAGAAGCAUGGGGGAGCUGAAUGUGACAGAUACAGAAUAUGCCUUACUUUCUGCAACCACAAUUCUUUUCUCAGAUCGACCUUAUUUAAAGAAUAAAAUGCAUGUGGAAAAAUUACAGGAGCCUCUUUUGGAGAUUUUAUACAAGUAUUCCAAGAUCCAUCAUCCUGAAAGUCCACAGCGCUUUGCUCGUCUUUUGGGUCGACUUACUCAGCUUAGAACUCUUAACCACAAUCAUUCUGAAGUAUUGAUGUCUUGGAAGAUGAAGGAUCAGAAACUUACACCCUUGCUCUGUGAAAUUUGGGACGUACAAUGAAGGAUUACAGCAGAGCAUUGUUAUAUAUUUUCGGACUCAUCAGUGCAAGUGUAAACCAGGCUUUUAUUUUGUAGUACAAUUUUAUGACAGAAUAAAAGAUGCAAGAUUUCCCUUUAACUUCAUUCAGCAGCUACUUUCUCAAAUCAACUGUCCCUGUACUCAUUACAGUCACUAAAGUUUACUUAAUGUAGUUUAACUUUAGUUUAUUAUACUGACCAUCACCUCGUCACCUACUGUGUAAAGUAUCUGUUGCUAUGCAGUACUAGGAUGACCCAUCAGUAAUUACAAUAGAUUUAUUCAUUUGCUUUAAAUGAACUGAUCUGUUCCAGGGAGUUUGUAGACAAUUUUUAACUAGAGCAAUAGAUAUAAAAUCAGCUUUUGGAUAAUUGUAUUUCCCAGCUAUUUUUACAUUCUUAUAAUCCUUGUUAAUUUUAAUAUGAUUUUAUAUAAACUAUUACACAAUGCUGGAAUAAACGAAGUAUGGAUUUGCCAAGUCACCAAAAUGCAUUUCAGAUUGUUUUAUCAAAUUUAUUAUGUGUCGAUGGUUCAUAGAAGAAAAUGUAACAUAUCUUGAAAUGCUAGAAUUUAUGAAUAUUCAAUAAACUAUU